GAACACAAAGCAAUUUUUUCAAAUGCAUAAUUUGCAUAUAUUAGUCCCGCUGAUAAUUGUAUUGCAUAAACAUAGCAUAAAAAGGCUCAUGUUGUGUGGUUUAUAAACAAUCCCACUUGAAUCCCACUAAGUGCUACUGUCAAACCCCACCCAGAGUGCAUUAUGUUAAUAAAUAUUUUCAAAUGAACCACUGUAGUCUCCAAUAGACGACAAACAGAAACUUAAAUUCACAUUUGCCAGUCAGCUAGAUACAUCUACAACAAAUGCACCACUGAGGCUUGACAGAGCUCUUAAAUAAUUCAGAGCACUGGAAUGAAAUGUAUGUUUUCGUCAGUAAAUACGGCGCCUAUCAACAUCAAAAUGACCAAAUGCUCAGCCGCCCCUCUCCAGAGAUGGCACACGUUGCAAAGAAAGAGAAAAUCUGUUUUAAAUGAGACUGCUGGCCACGGCUGGUAUAUGUUAUAUAAUCUCAGAGGGCGGGAAAGCCCACACAUUUCAGCUGUACCUUCGGAGCAAAACAUACACACACUCUAACGCACUCACACACGGCUUCUGCCAUUUCAUCACAGGAGAGUCUGGCAGAAACAAGACCAAGAAAUAAGAGCUAUGUUUUGUAACACGACAUCUGUAGCGGGCUUUGUUGUGCAUUACCGAGGGGCUCCUUGCAUAUUUUUGCUUGCAAAUAUCUGCAUGUAAGUGAAACAUGAUUUUGUUCAGACAUGCCUGUUGAGAUUCCCAAGAAGAAAAAAAAAACUCUCGCAGCAUGAAAGUGCGCCAUGCAAUGAUUAGAAUCUGUUUUUUAUUGCUAUGGUGAUGUAACUUCAGUACUACUAAUGAAUUUUUUAAUUUUUUCUCAGCUAAAGGAAUUGACUGUGAUGAUGAGCAGGGGCUGAUCCCAGGCAUCUUUUCCCCCUCUCGUUCCCUAUGGGAGCUUAUGUAGCCAUAGGAAUCAUCUUAUGUAACAUACGAGCAGCAUGUACAGCAGAGGGAGGAUGAGAGAAAAUGGCCUCCUUCGUCAUCAUUUACUCUGUGCUGUAUUUGCCCAUCUGUACACUCGCUGAUAACGCCCUGCUUAACAAAAAGACUCAGGAAAUGGAGUACAAGGAAAAUGUAUCCAUCAAUUCAAAUGCACUUUUUUGAAAACAUUUUUCACAUGAGGAUGGAGCGAUACUGCCGAGCAUUUAGAGCGGACUGGAAAGGGUGUUUUGUUAAGAACCGUCAAAGGUUCUGCUAGAAGCUUUUAAGUGGUCAGGGUUUCUAGCUAUUACACUUCUGCUCAGACCUAAUCUAAUGAGAUAGUGUGUGUGUGUGUGUGCUUUUUGAUCAAUUUACCAAAAAAACAGUUUAACUGCUGAAUAAAAGAAACCUUAUAAUUUCAUCCUCAGUGAAUUGUCAUCUAUUUUCCUAGAUUAUAAAGAUCUCCAAGGUGAAUUAAAUGGCAAGCACGGAUUUGAGUUUCAAGGGAUUGUGUGUAACUGGAGUCUAAGGAAUCUGUUAAGAAAACAACAACAAGGUCUUAUUAUUUUUUUCUCAGUUGUGUUGCAUCUAAUAGGUGAAGAUCAGAAAACACUGGUAUAACGGCAGCAAUGUUUUCCUAGACAAAAUGUCUUAGAUUUGCUCAAACCAGUUUUACACAUAUCGUAUUAUCAAUACAUAUGGAAGCUAUUUUUCAGGCAUUCAGAUUGCUGUCUGAGCACUAAUCUAAACACAAUUCUAAUGCAUUCAAGUAUCUCAAAAUCUGAUUUAAAAAAUAAUCCUUAGAAUGAAAAUUCACUGAGCUCUUGAAGCACAUAUACAGUGACUUAAUAGUGAUCAACACACCUGAUAUAUUUUUUUAAUUUGAUGAUUUUCAGAUUAUCUGCUACUCGAGUGCAUAUUUUGUGUUUUCAAAUAUUUAAUAUAUAACUGCAAUUUUCUGUAGGUCUCAUUUGCUGUAUAUAUUGGCUUUAUAUCGGCAGUCUGUCAGCCUUAUCUCUACAUAUCAGCCUCAGUAUCAGUUGCUGAAAAACAUCCAUACUGGAUUACCUUUAUAUUUAAACUAAGAAUUGCUUUUAUUGCCUUUAUUUAUGAAUUACAUUUUGAUGUUAUGAUGUACAUUAAACUAAACCACAGCUGGAUACCGAUGGAUAUUCAGCUAAUGACAAAAUGAGACAUAACUGUCUACAUUAAUACAUUUCUAAAAUCGAAUCCUUGCUUGAUUUGAAUACCACUUUAAUCAACAUUUAAUCUAAUUCCACAAGCUUCUAUAGCAAAGACAUACAAAACUUUACAUGAACAUUGCAAACAUUCUUAGCAUUUGGUAUCUGGUUUAGGGGUCAAUGACGUGACUUGUACAGAUCUAUUAAAUUACUCAAAAACACUUUAAGAAAUGCAGUUCAUACAGAAAUGACUUGCAUAUGGCUUCUAUAAUAUUUUCAGAUGCUGAAUUAACAUUAUUUUGAUAUUUUCUGGUCUAAAAUGUCUACAUAGUUUAGCUGUCUGGAGAAAUUAAAAAAGAAAAUAAUUUUAUUAAAAGGAUUCAAUUCUUGAAAAAAGAAUUGGUAGUAAAAGCAAUAGUAAAUAAAUAUUUGUUAUUGUUUCUUCAAAAUAAUAUUUGAAAAACUGCUGACAGACAAAUCAAAGUCAGUGUGGCAUAACAACAAGCAGGAAGCCAUUUUGUUGUCAUGUCACGGUACAGAGGACCCUUUUAGACCCUGACAAGUGUGAAUUAUAGCCAUUUAGUUUGUUAAAAAACACAUUAUAUAUGUAUUUUUAUAUUUAUAUAUUUUUGACCUUUUUAAGCAUUUUUAAAAAAUAUUUAUGACUCAAAAAUUCAUUAUAUUUUUACCUUGAAAAACACUGAAAAUGUUUUUGAACAGAGUACACUCACGUUACGUGAAAAGAAACUAUUUCAGUGCUUUUUACUGGGUUGCACCACUUGAUAGUUUCAGAGUUACUGAGUCUGAAUAUUUGCAUAAAAUGAUUUUCAAAACAUCAUAAAUACAAAGUUUAUGUCUUAGAAGCUAAUCAGCACAUAUGUUUUAAACUAUACUGGUAAACUGAUUUAACCUUUUAAUAUUAUUGUCUCACACACAUAUAUUCACAACCAAAACACCAUCAUUUCUGAGAGCCUUUGGUGUUACAGCCACAAACAAAAAAGUCACACUGCACACUUUAUGCCAGCGAGUACAAACGGAGUUCAAGCGGUCUUCAAGGAAAUUGUGCAGACUAGGCUUGGCUAUUUUCCCAACAUUAUGGCUGCUCGUAAUUCACUAAUCCAGAGAUCGUAAACAUCUGAAAUAAUACCCGAAUUGACAUCAGUGAAGUACGGUCAUAGUAGAACGACCGGUGUUUAUAUCGUUUUUGCGUCAGAUCUAUAAUAAGCGCACAGCUCUGCGCAUAUUUACAAGAGUCACGAUAAACACUGGUACGAACUGCGCGUCAAAACAGUGAGCAGAUAGACUCGCCCGCCAGGUAGUAAGGGGUUACAAAAUGGUUACUAUGUAAUUUUCCGCAUAACACCGUGGCCUUUCCUCGGUAAACGUCUAGAUAAGGCCUUCAUUAACCGUUAAGGUUUGCGCGUGUAACCGUAGCGUCGCGCGGCAGAUGGAGGGCGUGUGCUGAGGGGUGUGUUGUGCAUUCCAGCGCGGCACCUUGCGCUCUCCAUUAGGCCGAUGUUUUUCUACAUUUCAACUCGAUGUUUUGUGUAGUUUAACGUCGGUAGGAGUGUGAGAUGUGCUAGUGUAGAACUGGGCUGAUACAUUUGGGUGCGAUCGUCCCGUCAAGUGCUUCUCUGCUUUGAAGUUGGCCGUGGGGGACUGAUUUUUCCCUGCAAGGAGAAAAAAAGCAGGAGAAGGCCAAAGGCUAAGAAAACUGGAGUGUUUCCAACUUCCAAUUCCCUCAGGACGUUUUUUUUUCCCACCUCGGCUUCAAGAAGGAACCACAUGUGAAGACUGAUGGGGCAAGAGCUCAGCAUUGCUUACCAGAGAAUCGGUUCAGAUGCAUCACCACAAAGACUCCACAUCCCAGUAGGAGCGAGACGGAGGUAAAGAACCAGAGAGAAAGUGAGAGGGAAUCUGAGUAAUUUCCAUCCACUCCCCCCUUCCCACAUUGGGACCUUCUUCAGUUGCCCUCUGCUACCCCCCGUGGGGCAGGAAGCGUGAAAAAUCUCACUAAUGGGUUUAUUUGCUGUCAGCUCAGCGACGACCUGUCAUUUCCCAGGACCACUCCACACUUGACACAUUUCAUAGUCGAGUAAGCUUUGCUUUGUUUUUGCCUAAAGAGCGCUUGCUUCACACUGUUGGCUGUUGAGAAGAUCAAGACCAGGCUGAGGUAUCAGGUGGAGCGGACAAGUCCCUUAAUCACUUUGGCUGCCUAUUACAGUAUUUUUCUUCCAGUGAGGUCAAGCGUGUGGGACGUCUCGCUGUUCUUUUGUUUUUCCCCAAGUCGAGAACAUCCUUUGCUUUCUGAACAUACUACGGUCUCCUGGCUGGUGGGCUGAAGAUGCGUCUCUGGCUGCUAGCUGUGGUGACGGCAGUGCUCUGGAGCCAGUGCAUCCUUCUAGGGUGGGCUGAGGCCAGGAAGAUGCGUAAGAGGCCGAAGGAGCUUGCUCCGCAGCACACCGAAGCAUUCAACACCACUCUUUCCAACAGCGAGGAGCUGGAUGGCAGUACGAAGCAGGUCAGUGAGAACCAGAGAGUGGACCCUCUUGGAUCAUGGAUGGAUUUUGUGAAGAGACCUGUGGGCAACUUUCCCGGAAAAUGCCGAAAGCGAAAACGACCACUGCCUGGUCCCCCGGGCCCUCCUGGACCUCCAGGGCCUCAGGGACCCCCAGGAUCCCCUGGGGCAGAGGUCACUCAAGAGGUCCUGCUGCGAGAGUUCAAAGAAAUGAUCAAAGAGGCCACAGAGAGGCGAGCAGCAGUGGACAGGCCCAACGAACCCAGUCAGCUGCCCACGGCUCUGAUAACCCUAGAGAGUAUGACCUCCUACAGGAGAAUCGAGGAAGCCUUCCACUGCAAACUCAAAGGCCCUGUCGUUGUGGACAAAAAGACUCUGGCUGAACUGCAGAACUUUCAGACACCUCCUGCCAAAGGUGCCUUCCUCAGAGGGACGGGGAUGGAUCAGUCCACUGGCCGAUUUACAGCUCCUGUAACUGGAAUUUAUCAGUUCUCUGCCAACGUUCAUAUUGACCACACUGAGGUGAAGAAAAGUAAGAACCAGCUGAGAGCCAGAGACAAUGUCCGAGUUUUGAUCUGCAUUGAAUCACUCUGCCACAGAUAUACAUCCUUGGAAAUGAUUGUUGGCCUUGAGAGUAACAGCAAGAUAUUUACAGUAUCUGUCCAUGGACUGCUGGAACUUCAGGCCGGGCAGUAUACCUCCAUAUUCGUGGACAAUGCAGCUGGAGCAUCGAUCACAAUACAGAAUGGUUCAGAUUUCAUGGGCAUGUUGUUGGGGGUAUAACCUUGUUUUACAGCCAGACUAUAUCUGGCAGGCCACAUAAGACUGCAUAGCUCCUCUUUGGACUAUCAUCCAGCACCAUAUAUCCUCAUGAGACAAUAUGUGACUGCUACAAAGCUCUCGGCUUGCUCAUGGACGAGACAUGGACAUAUUAAAACCCACAAAGCAGAGACAGUUGGAUGCAAAACUGAAAGACUUUACUGAGGACAGUCGAUCCACAUCUGCCUCUCUCAUGUGCCGUCUACAAUGAGGCUUUUACCUCUUCAGAAAGAUCAGUUCUCACUGUUUCCACUCAACAUGUCCUAUUUUGUGAUUUAUAGAUGUAUACAAAGAGAUUUUUGUAUUUUGACAUUGUGUUGUUUUGCCCUUCCUCCUAAUUAAUAGUGUUUAUACAGAAUGUUUAUAUACACAGUUUGUUUUCUAUGGUGAGAGGUUUUAUACAAUACAAGAGCUAAACUAUUUUGAAUUUAUCUUGAAGGAAUAUUUCACCUCGAAAUGAAAAAUGUUUAAAAUUUCUCACCCUCAGGCCAUCCAAGAUGGGUUUCUUUUUCACUGAAACAGAUUUGUAGAAAUUUAGCAUUAUGUCACUUGCAAUGGAUCCUCUGCAGUGAAUGGGUGCCAUCAGAAUGAGAGUCCAAACAGCUGAUAAAACCUAAUCCAUCAUUAAAAUUGCUAAUGGUAAAUUUAUCAAAAUCUAAUUCAAUGAAGAAAAAACUCAUCUUGGAUGGCAAGAGAAAUUUCUACAUUUUCUCAUUUGUGUGUGAACUAUUCCUUUAAGGAUUUUGAGAUCUUUUGGAGGUGUCACACAAAAUGCUCACCUCCUCUUGUGCAUACAUGCCUGUAUUUUUAAAUAUAACAAGCUAGUUUUAUUUACUAUGCAGCUCAGAAAAGCAUGUUGUAGUGACUUGAUUAUUGAUAAAAGAACAGAUUUUCCAUUAUACUUGGCCAAAAGAAGGAAACAGCCAAAUACAAGAAAAGAAACGA